AUGGACAAGUCAGAGCAAACCAACAGUCUCGACCUCGAAAAGGCAGUCCCCAAGUCGCGCAUCACGUAUGCCGAUACUUUCGAGGAUGAGGAUGGACCAGUCGCUGGCCGUGCACGUCUUGCUCGACGAGACCGUCGCGGCAGUAAUGCCAGUGUGCGCACUUCUCGCUCGACGCACUCGCUCGAUCUGGCGCGGACCAUCUCUCGUCGCAGGUCAAUGGCCGAGACCACCCUACCGAUUGGCUUCCGAACACUCUCCAUCAAUGUCGCCGAUACGCAGGAAAGGCAGAAGCCCUUGGAGGGUGACAAGAAGAAGUCGUCGCAGGCUGUGGCAGAGCUGUCUUCUUUGACAUACCACACACAGAGUGUCGAUGAUCUUGCAAGGAUGCUCAAUACGUCCAUGACGCAGGGCCUCACUUCAACAAUGGCAAAGGACAAAUUGGCACGCGAUGGCCUCAACCGGCCGACCCCAGUCUCAAAUAGGCUGUUUCAGCGCAUCGUCAUGUACUUUCUCGGUGGAUUCGGCAGUCUUUUGCUCAUUGCAUCCAUCCUGACAUUCAUCUCUUGGAAGCCUCUCGGCGACCCACCCCAGCAAGCCACCCUCGCACUUGCUAUUGUUUUGCUGGCCGUCAUGGUCAUUCAGGGCCUGCUCAAUGCAUACCAAGAUUUCUCAACAGCGAAGACCAUGUCCUCCAUCACUGGCAUGUUACCCGCAGACUCCAUCAUUCGACGCGACGGCGCGGAUAUCACCAUCAACGCCACGGAACUCGUUGUCGGUGACCUUGUUCAAAUUCGUCUCGGCAACAAAAUUCCAGCGGACUUGCGCAUUGUUGAAGCUUCCUCAGAUCUCAGCUUUGAUCGUGCUGUCUUGACAGGCGAAGCGGAACCAAUUGCUGGUGUUCCUCAUAAGACAGACGACAACUUUCUCGAAACGAAGAAUAUUGCUUUGCAAGGAACGCACUGCGUCGGUGGCUCGGGUCUUGGACUCGUCAUUCAAACUGGUGACAAGACUGUCUUCGGUCGCAUUUCGAGAUUGUCACAAGGCCGCAAAGAGGGCAAGACGACACUUGAAGUUGAAAUCUUCCGUUUUGUGCGUAUCAUUGUUGGGCUUGCGCUCUUCACGUCAAUCAUGGUUGUUGUUCUUUGGGCUGCCUGGAUUCGUCGCUCUCAUCCCAAGUGGAUCUCUGUCUCGCUUCUCAUUGUUGAUGUCGUCUCGGUUUGCGUUGCCUUUGUGCCUGAGGGACUACCCAUGGCCGUUACCAUCAGCUUGACCAUCAUUGCCAACAAAAUGAAACGAUCAAACGUUCUCUGCAAGUCUCUUGCUACAGUAGAAACCCUUGGCGCCGUCAACCUCAUUUGCUCCGACAAGACUGGUACACUGACAAUGAACAAGAUGUUUGUGGUCAAUGCAAGCAUUGGUGAUGUUGAGAUGACGCCUGAGGAGUGUCACUAUGCUGUUGCUAGCUCAGAGAAGGAAUCACCGGUCGGAGUCCUGCAGGCCACGGCGUCGUUGACUUGUGCCGCAACCUUUGAUGCAGCAACCCUCAAUAUGCCAGUCUCUGAGCGCAAGAUGUUUGGCGAUGCAACAGACUGUGCUGUUCUGCGACUGUGUGAAACCAUCUCACCCAUCGCUACUGUUCGUGAAUGCUGGACGAAAAUCUUUGAGGUGCCCUUCAACUCCAAAAACAAGUUUAUGCUGCGUUUGUCCAGGGCCACAUCAAGGGACGCACUGGCAUUGGCUCUGUCGCCUGCAGAGCGAGAGUCUACGGAUCCUGAAGAUUUGAUCUUGACGCUGAAGGGUGCGCCGGAUGUGCUCAUGUCGAGCUGCACACGCCUCCUCCUGCCAAAUGGUGAGAUUGUCGAGCUGACAACGGAGUACAAGGAGAUGCUCUCUGAUUUACAAGAGAAAUGGUCUGCUACGGGUUUGCGUGUCCUCAUGUUUGCUCGUCGCAUCAUUCCUGCUACCUCUCUUUCUGCAGAGCUCGGUGAACCUGGCAGUGCGGCUUUUGCUGACUAUAUUGAGUCUUGUGCACGUUCCGAGUUGGUUUGCGUUGGUUUGGUGGGUAUUGUGGAUCCACCAAAGGAAGACAUCCCUGAGGUUGUUGAAAUUUGUCGUGGUGCUGGCAUUCGCUUCUUUAUGGUCACGGGCGACUUUAAAUUGACAGCUGCUGCUAUUGCAAGGCAAGUCGGGAUCAUUACACAUCCGGAGGUGCAUGGUCUUGAACAUCUCGUCAAGACACUGGUCGUUGCGCCGAGUGAGGAGUUUGUUGGUGCAAUUGUGCUGAGUGGUCCAGAACUCAUCACAUUGAAUGACAAUCAGUGGAAUCAACUUGCUCAAUACGAAGAGGUUGUCUUUGCUCGAACAACGCCUGAGCAAAAAUUGCGCAUUGUCAAGGAGUUCCAGUCGCGUGGCAAUGUCGUUGCCAUGACGGGUGAUGGUGUCAACGACGCGCCUUCUCUUAAAGCAGCCAAUGUCGGUAUUGCAAUGGCUGGUGGCUCGGAUGUGGCCAUUGAAGCGGCAGAUAUGGUCUUGUUGUCUGACUUUUCUGCCAUCAUCUCAGCGAUUAAAUCAGGUCGGCUUGUGAUGGACAAUCUCAAGAAGACUCUCAUCUACCUCCUCCCUGCUGGUACCUUUUCAGAGCUAUGGCCAGUCCUGACGAGCAUUGUGUUUGGACUGCCACAGGUACUCAGCUCCUUCCUCAUGAUUGUUAUUUGCUGCUUGACGGAUGCCGUUGCUUCAAUGACACUGGCGUUUGAGAAGCCCGAAGCAGACUUGUUGACGCGUCGCCCGCGUAACCUCAAAAAGGACAGACUGGCUGAUGUCAGGCUCAUUGGUCAUGCCUACUUAUUUAUUGGAUUUAUGGAGUGUUUGUGUGCCUUUUCGAUGAGUUACUGGUGGCUGGAACGAACGGCCAAGAUUCCCUUCCGCGUGCUCUGGCUCAGUUAUGGCGAGUAUCCUGAGGGCUACAAUGCAGAGGACAUGCAAGCUGCCUUCAACACCGCUUCAUCCAUCUACUUCAUCACGCUCAUCAUCAUGCAACUCUUCAAUUUGCUGGCAACACGCACACGCCAUCUCUCGAUCUUGCAGCACCCACCUCUCUUCAAGCGUGAAUCGAGUAAUCCGUUGAUUUUUGCAGCGAUGCUCUUUUCGAUUGUCAUUGCCUUCUUCUUCAACUAUAUUACUGCAUUGCAGCGUGUAUUGGGAACGGCGGAGGUGCCUGUUGAGCACUGGCAGGAAGUUCCUUGUUCGACGCUACCCAAAGUCGAUCAUUGCCAAGCUGGCCUGGUGAUGUCCACCCGGAUAGAUUUGCUCUCUCCAGGGCUCAUCCUACACGGCUUCGAAAGUACGAUGGCCACGCUAUACGCAUUCGAAUCCAAUGAUCAAAUCACAGACGCCUUAGGCCAAUACAUCAAAUCGGCGUAUGAUGAAGCUGUCGCAGCUCGAGACCGCUUCACACUCGCCAUCUCUGGCGGCUCACUCGCAAAAUUCAUGGGCUCAAGUAUCUGUCAGGACCCUUCGAUUGACUGGACCAAAUGGCACGUCUUUUUCGCUGAUGAGCGGCUCGUCCCCUUGGAUCACGAGGAUAGCAACUGCAAGUUGCAGCAAGCAGAGUUCUUUAGCAAGACGGCGAUUCCUGCUGCUCAGAUCCAUACGAUUGAUGCGUCGUUGGAGCCACAGGACGUAGCGGAUGAUUAUGAGUCGCAGCUUGUCAAGGUGUUUGCCAACAAGGAAACAGUCAAGGUGCCGUCUUUUGAUUUGAUCUUACUGGGAUGCGGACCGGAUGGCCAUACCUGCUCUUUAUUCCCAGGCCAUCCUGUCUUGCGGGAAGAUAUUGCUUGGAUUGCACUCGUUGAAGAUUCACCCAAACCACCAUCAAAACGCAUCACACUGACGCUCAAAGUGGUGUCUGCAGCUCAUCGUGUUGCAUUUGUUGCUACAGGUGAGGGCAAGCAGCAGAUCCUGAGGGAGAUCUUUGAUAACUUGGAUUCUGACUUGCCGUGCGCUUUGGUGAAUAGGGCAACGACCGAUAAAUGCAGCUGGUUCUGCGAUAAGGCGGCCGUGCAAGGUGUGCACUAUGAGACCAAGACCAAGCUGUGA